AACGUCUGCGGGACGGAAGGGAUCACAAGCCACUGUUCAAAAGAAAUAUAGAGGUCACUCUAACACAAAGAAUCAGAAGGCCAAAUUGGAAGAAAUACAUGAGACAUGAAAGUUCUGGAAUCAGGUUUAACCACCACUAGGAGGAUGAAAAGUCCAAGACGUGCAUCUUGUCUUGGUUUUGUGUGGCUGCUUCCUAAAUGGGUUCACUGAUGUUUACUAAUGUAACUCUUGAUGGUAGAAGCAGAGUAAAUAUUCAGAAAUCUACAGAAACCUCCUGUGUGCCAAUUUGGAGAGAAAUCAUGCAGCAAGACAACAAGGGACUUCGUCAAGGGCAAAAGGUGGAAGGUUUCAGAUUGGCCAAUGUUUAAUCUUAUUGAACACCAUUUCACCUGACGAGGAGAGCGAAGGGAGAAAUGUCACAAAAUUAAAAAAAUAAAAAAACUGAAAGAAGCUGUGCCACAACAAAGAAUAAUGUAUAGGCUCUGUCCAUGGGUCAAUGGUUUGAUGCAAUUAUAACAAGCUAUAGCUAAUAUUGUGUGUGGGGGGGUUCUAAGUUUCUUAACAUAUCAUGAUGUCAAUAUGAGGAAUUUUAAUCUGUGAUUCUGAUCUAUUGUUUAAUAUUAAUCUUUUGAUCUCAAAACCAAAUGUCUUCAGUGUAUCACAAAACCACGUAUUUACAUUUUUAUGAUAAUUGGGCAUUUAUUUGAAAAUUAUUUUGUACUGUACACUUCUUUUAGUGAGUCAUGGUCAUGUCAGCACCAGAGUAACUGUCAGUCUUUCUAGCCAAAGUUAUUGCAGAAGCUCCUGGUGAAGAAUUUGAGCCCUGCAGCCCACCCUAUUUGCUGUGUGUACACAAACAGCCACACAUGCAUGAUAUCCCUUCCCCCAUUGGCUUGGUCAAGCCUUUGCAUGCCUGGAUCACCUCCUGAUUUAGCCAGUGCUGUACCACUUUGCUUUGCUCAGGGUGACUGAAGAGCAGUUGGAGUAUGGUUAAGUCUAUGCAAUGAAACUGUGAGCCUCUAACGUACAGACAUGGACCCUUUUCUUAAGGCUCCCUAUACAGAAGAUGAAGGUCUUACAAUGGAAACUACAGGGCCUGCUCAAGAUCCUGAUAUACACGUCUACACCACGUUCUUCAUGAACCACUGCUGCUAUGAUGCCAUACCAACCAGCUCUAAACUGGUCAUCUUUGAUACAACACUGCAGGUAAAGAAGGCAUUCUUUGCAUUAGUCUCUAAUGGAGUUCGAGCUGCACCUUUAUGGGACAACAAGCAGCAGUGUUUUGUAGGGAUGCUUACUAUAACAGACUUCAUUAACAUUCUUCACAGAUAUUAUAAAUCACCCAUGGUUCAGAUAUAUGAAUUAGAAGAGCACAAGAUUGAAACCUGGCGAGAGGUCUACCUUCAGUACUCUGUCAACUCUCUGAUCAGCAUCACCCCUGAAUCCAGCCUCUUUGAUGCUAUUUACUCCUUACUGAAGAACAAGAUUCACAGGCUGCCUGUUAUCGAUCCAGAAUCAGGAAAUGUUCUGCACAUUUUGACCCACAAACGCAUCCUGAAAUUUCUGCACAUAUUUGGUUCCAUGAUCCCAAAACCUCGAUUAUUACAGAAGCGAAUUCAGGAUGUUGAAAUUGGAACCUUUAAGAGGAUUGCCACAGUCCAGGAGACUGCAACGGUUUAUGAGGCAUUGUCAGUGUUUGUCGAGCGCAGAGUGUCAGCCUUGCCUGUUGUAAAUGAACAAGGAAAGGUAGUGGCCCUUUACUCCCGUUUCGAUGUCAUUAACCUGGCUGCUCAAAAAAAUUACAAUAACCUGAACAUGACAAUGCGAGAAGUGAUCGAGAGCCGCUCAUGCUGCGUGGAAGGAGUGCUCAAGUGUUAUCCACAUGAAACCCUGGAAACCAUCAUUGAUCGCAUCGCUGAAGCAGAGGUUCAUCGUCUAGUUCUGGUGGAUGAACAGGAUAUGGUGAGGGGAAUCAUCUCGCUGUCUGACUUGCUGCAGGCAUUGGUCUUAACACCUGCAGGUUUUACCAGAGACCACUUUGCUGGACAAGGUUUCUCUGUGCCAAUAAAGUACUUCACAUUAUGAGUGCUUCUAUAAGGGUUUUUAUUUAUUUUUGGACAAAUGUUUUGAUUUGAAUAUCUGUUCCUACACAAAUAUAACAUCAACAUUGAUCUUUGAUUGAUACUCAGUACACUCAGGUCUCAGAUCUUUCAAGAUCUUUUACACCAAAAUACUAUGAAUUUGAAAUUUAUUAUAAUUUCAGAAAAAAAAGACCAAAUGAAAAUAACAGACUGAAUUGAUGCCAUUAUAUUUUCCAAAGAUUCCUUAAAAAACUGACUUUAAAUCAGAGACUUUAGUCCUGAAUGAAGAGACCUUGUACACACUAACACAACUAAAUUAAUAACUAGAUAUAUUUAUAUGCUGAGCUUGGGAUACUCUGGCGUUCUUUCCAUGUCUGUGUGGAUUUCCUUCGGCUUCUCCAGUAUUCUCCCACUUCCCAAAAACAUGUUAGGUAGGUGUUUUUAGGUAAUAUGAAUUGCCCCUAAGCAUAAAUGUGUGUGAUUGACUGUCAGCAUGGGGCACUGCAAUAGAUGAGCAUCUCAUCCAGUUUGUAUUCCAGCCUCAUCCGGUUUUUCCAGGAUCGGCUCAGAAUCCACUGGAAUCUUAGCAGAAUAAAGUGUUUAACAGUGUUUAAUUGUUUGUUAAAUAAAAAAAGCAUACAAGCAAUGUGGUGAUGUAAAAAAAAACAUGUUUUAUUUUAAUUAAUUUUGUAGUGCAAAAAAAAUGCCCUGCAAUUAUCUGUUGUUUUUGCCACUGUUUCGAAUUUUGG